UCAGUCAUCCCUUCCAGCCUUCAGCGGGGAAUCAGCACAAGAUGCAUCCUCAGCGCCCCCUGGCGCAGGCUGUGCCUCCCACACUGGGCCAGAAUCUGAGAGACCUGGCAUAUGGCUUUGGCCGUGGUAAGAACUUGCUGGGAAGGAACAUCGCCUACGGGGUUAUCCAAUCUCUGAAAGAGUGUCUUUACUUCCUGCUCUGCUGCUGGUGCAUAAAAGAGAUCCUGGACUGAAACAAAGGAAAGAGAAUCCAAGGUGAUAUGAAAAAUGUCCCUGAUUGAAGUGGCAUGUUCCCAGCACUGUUCAGCAGACCCAUCAAGGAUAACUGACUUGUCAUAGCUGUGACAAAAGAGGCCUUUGACCAUGACAUAAAGAGAAACCACUGUAUGUUAUGUGUACAACUCCAAAUGCAAUAAAGUUUGGGUUUGUGCUAAAGAAACAAUGGGAAUUAUCUAGCAAACAACAGGAAACCCUGAGAUGUGCCCAGUUUGGUCAUCUGCCAAUUCCCACCCACCUAAUAGCGCUAUCAGUAUCAUCUGACAGCUACCAACCAGGGAUGGUGAAGGCUAACAUGCUCCAUCUGAGACAUGUGAAACCAGCCAAAUGCAUCAUUUCAAUCUCCUGCUCAUGUUGUAUCAUAGGGCAACGUAUCACACUCAGAGGAAAGUACUAUCUAACCUCUUCCACACACAUGAGCUCACGGACGCUUGUGAUUGUCUAGUGUUGCUGUGAUUGACAGAAGAGAGUAAGUCUCCCAACCAGAGAGCACAGCCACUUUCCCUUAGCUCCCAGCAACAGAUAGCUUUGGUAUCGUCGGGAUUCAAACUUCCUAACUCCUGAUGAAAGCAUUAUGUUUUAAAAAAUAAAAGAGCAAGAGCACAGCUUGGUCAGUCAUUCAUUUACUCAUUGCUUUUAUCUCCUGUCAAAAAAACACUGUCAUAACACAUAUGCAAAGCACACAUACUGUCAUAAACCAUAACACAUGACACAAUAUUAAUGUAGGGGUACAUAACAGAUAGGGCAAAUUCUUUUCUGUUGCUCCCCUCAGGAGCUGCCCUUUACACUGUUUACCACUAUCACUAGCUCAGAAAAAAUAUUACUCUUUAAUGACCAUUUUGAUGACUACCCUUCUUAAGCACCAAUUUUACCAUUAGCAAACAAAAAUAUCAUGUGUAAAUAUUAUGACUCAUACUGAUUUAGAAUAUAGCUUUAGUUGUGCUAAAAAGCCUUACGGUAAAACCUAAUACCAUUCUCAAUCGUACAAUUUUAAUUUCAGUUAUUUAAAUUCAUGGUUUCUAUUUAACCAGACAGCAUGUUAAUAAUAAAUAUUUAAUUAUUUAUUCUAAAAUAAAUACAAAGCCAAUAACCAAACCAACAGUUGCUUAUUACAUUAUUCACACUUCUGCCAUCUGAAAUCUAGUAACAGUAAGAUAGACUAAUAUAAUGAAAAAUACUCUACUAGUAUUUAUAGCAUAUCUCAUGUAUUAUAUCAGGGUUAUUGGCUUAAUCCAGAGCAAUGCAAAAGCGAUCUGAAGUUUACACAGAAUGGUGCUAAAAACGGAAAGCAACCAGCGAGCAGCAGUUCUGUGAGCAUACACACCUUGUUGAUGAGAGCGGUCACAGGAAAACACACAUUACCCCCCUUUACAACCAUGAAAAGCAGAACAGC